CUAUAUACAGGCUAUCCUUGUAUCAUCGCUAAGCCCAGAGUUUAUCUACUUAUCUUGUUACAUUUCAGUUCUUUAAUUUCCAGUAAAUUGUCUCCUGUUCAUCUCCUCUAAUCCUCGUCAAGAUCAGAUAUUUGUCCAUCUCUCCUCGUCAGAUCCAUCGGGAUCCUGACAGUCGUGUGUACAGGUGCCCCGCCAUGAAGCGCCCUUCCGGUUCCUCGGCUGGUCGUGAUCCCCGGGCUCCUCCUCCCGCUUCUGGCGGUGGCGGCUCCAGCGAGCCAGCCAAGAAGCGGCAGCGGACCUCGAGCUCGAGCCAGGCCGAGGCAUCCUCCUCGUCCUCACAGCCUCCACCGGCGCCGCCGGGGGACGCGAGAGCGGUGCCGGAUCUGGGGGAGGACGUGAUGUUCGAGGUGCUGCGGCGGGCGGAGGCGCGGACGCUGGCCGCCGCGGCGUGCGUGAGCCGGGGCUGGCGGGUCCUCGCGCAGGACGAGCGGCUGUGGGAGGCGCCGUGCGUGAGGGAGUGGACCGGCCUCGGCUUCUCGGAACAGCUGCUCCGCGCCGUCGUGCUCCCGCUCGGCGGCUUCCGCCGCCUGCACGCCGUCUCCGUCCAGGCCCGACGGCGGUUCGGCGUUGGCUGCGGGAAUUGGCACGGCGUGCGGACGCCGGGACAGGGGAGGAGGAGGGGGGUGCCGUGGACCGAGCACGAGCACAGCUUGUUCCUCUUAGGCCUGAAGGAGUACGGAAGAGGGGAUUGGAGGAACAUAUCACGCAACUUCGUGCAGACGAGGACGCCGACGCAGGUGGCCAGCCACGCGCAGAAGUACUUUAUCAGGCUUGGCUCAGGGGUGGCAAGGAGGUCGAGCAUCCACGACAUCACCACAGUUCACCUGACCGACGACCAGCCUCCCUCGCCAUCCCAGUGAUUUAUGAUCAACCAGUCCAGCGCACCGGCUCAGCUCGGCAACGGGGCACUUCUCGCUGCCAGCCGACACCAAGAACACGGCGCCGCGAGCGCGCCCUUCAGUUCGCCGAACUGGGCUCUCGGGAUGCCGAACUACGGCAGGGUUUGCAAGAUCAAGGCCUGCAGUGUGGUCCUCUACAUGAUCAGCUGGCCGCAAACCGGAGUACGCUGUAUUAGAAGAUGCAAGCACAUCAGAUGUCUAGUGUAAUAUGGCCCUUGCUGUAGUUUCACUGCCUGUAUUAUUAUUGAAGUAAUUGAUCAUGGGGAUUUUCCAGAACAUAGCAGAGAGAGGAGGUGUGCUGGUGAGUGGUGAUGCUUGGUAGUAGUCCAUAAUUGUUGGUGUUGAUACUGAGAAUGUCAGGGGAAAAGGAUGCAGGGGAUGUCUAGAACUUGAUGCUGUAGUAUGUUCGGACAGACAGGGAAUGCUAGUGCUCAGUACUGGUCAUGCACAUUGUCAAGUGACUUGUUUUCAAUCUU